UUCUUGGAGGGUCGGUUUCAUUCACGCUCGGAAAUUCAUCGAGCGGCACAGUUGUCGCCAAUGUUGAGAUGUUUACUAACUGGGUUCUUGGAACGGGGCCAUGCGGGUCAACAUGCAGUAAAGCCGACAUAGGCACGUCAACGCGUAUCAAGAGGGCAAAUCUUGGAGAUAAGUUCUACUUUGGCAACUUCUCGACUGACUUUCCUAUCACAAAUUCUAAUAACCCAGAUGAAACUGGUAGAAUUAAGAACAUAGCUAUUCAGACGCUUGUGAUGCAAAAUUACACUGAAGCAGUUUUGGCGGUUAGCGAGAAAGACAAGUGGGAACAGGAUCUGAUGAAGUUCUCGUUUGAGCUUCAACCAAACAAAGGACGGGAGGAUCUCAAUAUCCAAGCCCGCUCAUGGAAACCACUGACGAUACAAGGCAAUCAUCUCCUGUGGCAUAUGCAAAUUCGAAUAAAGCCGCAAAUACGGAGUGAUACCAACACCAGAAAUGAAUGCCCAGUAACACUGACAAAAGCUGUUUACCGUAUUUUACUAAACCAAACUACAAGGCUGCAUUUACCGGUUAUAGACAAGGAAGGGGACUUCAUUAAGUGUUCAAUUUCAACACUCAUGGAAAGUGGAGAACUCCGUAAUACUAUCCUAAAAGGGGUUACUGUGAAUCAGGAUUGUACAAUAGAUAUUGAAGCCACGCCAGCCAACGGUUACCAUGACAAUUCUUGGUUAGCUAUUCCAGUGUCAAUAAAAGACCAGAAUAGACGCAAAAUCGAGUUUGGGCCUGCAAUCUGGAAUCCAGCAACUUCGGCGGAAUAUUUAAGUACUUGCUGUGUGCAGAUUGCCGUGUUUGUUAAACAGACUUUAAAUUCCCCGGUCUUUAUUGAUCCAACCCCAACUCCAAAUCAUCGGUUUGUUGUGUAUGUUGGCAGUGUUUGGAAAACAACUAUUUAUGCGAAGGCGAUCCAACCAAGGAGAAUACAGAGUAUUAAACCUUUCGGAAGGACUACCGAGAAAAUGUUUAAUAUUUCUCAAGUGCAAAGCACCCCUGACCCUUCUGUUUCAUACGUUGAAAUUUACUGGAGCCCUUCUGAUCAAGAUGCCGUCGAUCGAAUUACCUGUAUCAGUGCAUUUGAUGACAGUGGUGAAGAAUCAGAUGAGCAACGAUGUUUCAUACUAGAAGUACAAACAAAAACCUUCAACACUACUGCAAAAUCAAGUUAUGGAAAGCCGUACUUUGUCGAUUUACCGGCAUCUGAUGACCAAUUCGUUUGUCCAGUUGACACUUCCUGCAUUAUCCCGAUUUAUAUUAAAUCCGACAGAAGCAUAGACCGCGUGCGGAUAACAGAAGGAAAGAUAGACUACGUUUUUGGAAAAAUUGAAAAUAUAACCAAGGCUGGGGAGCAUCUGUUCCAGACGUCUCUGACAAUAACUAGUUCUUUGCAUGGUGAUGAUUCUCUAUGUCUACAAGCAGUUACUCUGGAUGGAGUUGCAAGUGAAACAACAUGCAUACAAUUAACUAUUGAACCUAAAGAUCCUUGCUACUCAACACCGUGUCACAACUCAGGAUUAUGUCGAGUUCGCAACGAUUCUUCAGGGUUGUUCGACUGUGAGUGUUUGGACGGAUAUUCUGGACCAAUAUGUGCUAAAGCCUUAGACCGUUGCCAACCCAAUCCUUGUCUGCAUGGCGACUGUUACACCUCGCCAAGACCUUACUACUGCUACUGUACAGAUGACCAUGUUUUGCCUAAUGACUUCACUGGAAUGAAUUGCGAGCAAAAAAGAGACAACUGUGUUGGAGUGGGUUGUAGUGGUCACGGUGUCUGUGUUGAUGGUGUCCUUAGCCACACCUGUCAGUGCUUCCCUGGGUACACGGGCCAGACCUGCGAAACUCGUACGUACACACGUAAAGAAAGAGAAGUUUUGAAAAACGAGAUUCAAGUGGAUGCCAGAAUCAUGGUGUCUGUAUCGCCGGUAAUUGCAGUUGUGGGAUCGGGUAUACUGGAGGGCAGUGCGAGACAGGUAUCCAAUAUGAAAAUAUAA